AUGGUACGCUGUCUGGGCUGCCAUCAUGCGACAGCGGGUGCGUUUUUUAGUCAGGUUGCAGGCACGGCACCCCUUCUCGCCGACGUAGACGCUGAAGUGCGAAAGCACUUAUACCUGGGAACAUAUUGCAUUGAUGUCUUUAUGUCGCUUUAUCUGGGACACAAACCAACCAUCGACGGGCUGGACCAGAUAUUCGCGGAUUCGGUCUUAGAUACAUAUGAGGAGUUAGAGAGCUGGACUCCUUACACUGAUCCGACAACGGCUGGGCAACAAGUUCCUGAUCACUACGAAUCACACCCGACCUACGCUAUCUCAACGUUUCGCGCUCUAGUCGACUUACUCAAAGUCUGCCACAGCAUUAUCUUGACGUUGUAUGGCGACCAGAAGGAACUAACCUUCGCAUCAACCCAGCAAGCAGUAAAUGACUUUGACAGCCAGCUUGGUCGUUGGUAUGAGACCCUACCUUCGUUUAUUCGUGACAGCGCCGUAUCCCAGACCAUCCCGCCUCCGCAUCUUGUUGAUCUCCUGUUACUUUUUCACGCGUUGAAGAUUAUCAUUCGAAGGCCUCUAUUGGAGCAGACGCAUCUCUCGCAGCAACUGGGAAUUCUGCGCAAGUUGUCCAUCAAGGGCGAAUGCCGGCACGAGUCCACGGUGAUAACGGACCUUAUUGGGACGUAUAAAUCAGCAUUUAGUCUCCGACGGGCAAGUGUGAUAACGUCAUUUGCGACGUACUUAGGGCUUGCAACCCUCCUCGAAGAAUGCCGUCUUAGCGCCGUCUCUGUUUCCUCCCAUGCAGAGCUUCUUUGGACAGCAUUUCACAGGAUGGCAGAUGGCCCGAAUCCCAGCCUCCAAAAAGUCAUUGCACAGAUAUCAAGCCAGGAGACCAAUCUGCGUGGACUUUCUGCGGUAGAGGGCAACCAAACGGCGUCGACAGGUGCCAUUGCCACGUCAAGCACCUCUACAAAUCACAGAGGUGAGGCUAGUUUAACCGGAGGAGAUGACGCGGCUAGUUCUGAUCGCCAUUCUACGGCGCUUGAUGUUGCUGGCAUCUCUCCAGUGGUUCAGGGUUCUCUAAUUCCCACAAGUGACGGGGGAUCCUACCAAGAACCCACCUCAACAGCCAUCCACAACCCCAGUAUCUAUGUCAGUCGUCUGUUGGAUCUCUUUUCCCCUGUUGGAGCGACUAGUUUCUCGCAACGUUGGGUUCAUGACGCUACAGAGCUAUCUCGAAAUCAUCCGCUACUGGAGACUGCUUUGGGUGCCGUCAGCAUGCUGCUUAUUGGCAAGCUCGACGGCGAUGUGGACACAGAGCAGUCGGGGGAGCUUGCUUAUAUAACGGUUUUGCGAGGUGUGAACGAAGUCAUAAAUAACGAGGGCGAGGACUCUGUCUCCCUUGAGCUUUUGUAUACCCUUUUGUUUCGGAAGAAGAGUGAAAGCUCUGCCAGUUAUCACUGGAUAGCUGCGCUCACGCUGUUUGAGCGCAGAGGGCCCUUUCGUCAUACAUCAGGCAUGGAACAUGUGUUGUACUCCGAACUACGCCCACUGUGUGUCACGUGGGCAUUGACCGUUAGAGCAUCGACGUUUCUUUCGAAAUCGGAAUGGAAAGUGAUCCCAUGGAUGGGAGGUGGCCAAAAAAAUGUUUUGCAUCAUCUGUUGGAUGUGUUAGUGGAUAUUCCGUCCUUCCUCGAACAGGUGGACACGAUGAACUCCAUGGAUGGACACCAAGCUGCACAGAAGGAAACUCAGCGAGAGCUACUGACAGUGUGGGCAUUGUCUCUCCGGGACGCGCUGCAUCAGUGGAAGAGAACGUACGUCGAUACCUAUCAGGACGGGGAGCCGUAUGAAGUACCACAGGCAUCUGGGUUCCCUCUGUUUCAGCACUGGAGCGAUGAGGGAGACGCGCUCUCUACCCCAACUGCAUGGAUGUUUCCAGAUCCACUUCUUGCCACCAGCAUUUGCAUGUACAAUGCUGCUCAUCUGAUCCUUAUGGGGGCAGGAAAUCUUAGUUCAUCUGAAGAGCCAGAGCGGUACUGCUACGCCUGGGACAUUUGUCGCAGUGUUCAGUACUACGUCCAACACGUCCCUUGGUCAUUCCUGCUGCAGAUCGAGUUUCCUCUACGUGUCGCGUAUGAAUCCUUGCCGGAAGCCUCCGUGGAGAGAACGUUUAUCCGAGAAGUUUGCAGUCUAAUUUGCAAGAACAGCAAGUUGGAGAUUUUCUCUAGCGUAACGGAAGGGCAGCACUCUGAAUCCGUUGUGCCUUGUAGGGGGUUGCAAGGGACACCUGAGGAGUAG